ACGGUCAGAAUACAAAAUGUCAGGUGACUCAGGUCCUGGACCCAAUGCAGGCAUUGCGUCUCCGGGCAGCUCGAGCUCGACAACCACUUUGACAAGCAAGUCUACCGAGGCAGCAUCUGCUGUCACCGCCACUUCGGUGAGCAGCUGGAGCCCGGGCGAGGCAGCAUCCGCUGUCACCACCACUUCGGUGAGCAGCUGGAGCUCGGAUACCGCUUCGGUGAGCAAAUCUAGCGAGGCAGCAUCUGCUGUCACCGCAUCUCAGACACCCCUGGGCAAGCCUAUUCCAACAUCUUCACCGCCGGCUUCUAGCACGCUCGCUGGUACAUCCAGCAACACGUCUGCAGGGAACGGUACUUCGGGUCUACACGCACCGAACCAACAUUCAACUAUCAAUGCCGGAACGAUCGCUGGCGCCGCUGUUGGAGCAGCUGUGGGGGCUGCGAUUCUUGCAUUCAUUGUGACGUAUCUACUGAUGCGCUCUCGUCUAGCAGUGAAGAAGAAAACGAACGCUACCGACAUUGACACUGGCCUAAUCCGACCUUCACUGUCAGAAGCAAUGGUGAGGUAUCGUUACAAGAUGACAAUUAUCAAACAAGCACUUGCCAAUAUGAUCUUCUCGAACAUCACCAUCGAGGACGAAUCUCCAGGCUCUCUUCUGCCUCGAGACGUAGCGGAGCUACAGAAGUCACUGCAAACUGCCACGAGGGAUCGAAGCAGGCCGGCAACUUCACAAGCUCUCGCCUACACACGCUUCUUGAUAAGCUACUUGCGUCCAGCCCCUUAUGAGGACCAAGCUCUACUCGCUCAACGCGAUCGCACCAUCAAGGCCAUGGCAACCACAUUUUGUGUUGCGCUCGAGCCUUGGUCGUCCCAAGGCACGACUUCUGAUGCUCGGUGUUCCAACUUGAUUGAGAUCCUGCGUGGAGCAGCCGCUGGUGGUAUUCUGCUGUUCUCACAGCGCGCCACAUUCAAAUUUGAUUGGGAUUUGAAAGAUAGGAGGCCCGUGAAUAAUAUAGUGGUUCUGCCUGGACUUCUGAAGAUCACCGACGACAAAGCCCGCCCUCUAGACAAGAUUCUUGUCUGCAAACCGCAGGUCAUUGCAGAAUUAAGA